UACGUUCCAUUUUCAUUCAUUAAAAUCCUUCGCAAUUGCUGAAACACUCGCUAUAUACUGAUUGCACAAUAUAAAUAAAAUUUCGGCCUUCGAAUCCGCAUAGCCAUGGCCAGCAAGAAGGUCGAUUUCGAUUCACUGGUUCCGGAUUCUCCAUCGGAGAGGGGAUUCGUACUCUUCGGAAAGGACCUGAGCCAGAUUCCCUGCUUUAGGAACAGCUUCCUGUACGGUAUCAGUAUAGGCAUCGGCGUUGGGUUCCUUGCAUUUAUGAAAACCUCCCGGCCGCAGCUGUCCUCGCAUAUAGGAUUUGGAACAUUUUUCGGUACCACUUUGUGCUAUUGGUUCCCUUGCCGAUACAAGUGGAAGAAAGAUUUCAAGGAGGCAGAGGUACUUCAACAUAUGAUGCAGCAGCAGGCAAUGUACGAAGGAACCGACAAGGAGCGGGAGCUUGACCGAAAAGCAGAGUCUGCUUAAAUUGGUUGUAAAUAUAAUAGUGUGUAGGUUGGCUUAU